UUUUAUCCCUCUGUCUCCUAGUAAACACCUAAUAUAAAUAAAUAGUAAACUGUUAGCCAAUCAGUAAAUUACUUCGUGAAGAAUUGUUAUUAAUUUCUUUGAAACCAAUGAAACGGAAACAAAAGAAAUCCAAAUCGCAGCGACGGCGCCAACCCUCGUCGAGCGCCGGAGACGACCAGGGCAAAACGAGCGAUGAGAAGGAGCACGAAGAAGGCGAGCAAGGGGCACGUCCAGGAGCGACGGACAAGAAGGCUGAGGAACCCUCGACUAAGUUGGUUGCCUCGGCGGUGUCCUCCAUGCCGCCCCCGCCCUCCCGACCACCUCUGCCCUCCCAACCGCCCCCGCCCUCCCAGCCGCCUCCGCCCUCCCCGCCCAAGGAUCAAUCGGAGGUUGAACUGGAAUUGAAGUUUUUGCAAUCUCUGGAAUUUUAUCAUCCUGCUCGACUGCUGGGCAUCCACCGUCAUUUUGUUCUAUACGGGAUGAUCGAGUAUUUGCAAAGGAGCUCCGAUAGGCAGUUCAAGGCCGAGGAUGUUUUGCAGUUGCUAGAUCGCUUUUACAAUUUAGAAGCAAUGAAACCAGAUGAUGAGGAUGUAGAAGUUUUAAAGAAAGAAGUUGAAUUUUCUUUACCUGAAAGUUUUUUCAGCUACCGCAAACACAAUCGCAAACACAAAUAAUUUUUUUUUAUAUAUUUCUGGAUUUCUUUGGCUUCCAACUUGUCACCGGCAAUAGCUGCCAUUUUUGGCUCAAGUUGAGGUCUUCGACCACUUCAACUGGAUUGAAUUGGCCUUUUUUUUUUUACAAAAAAGCUUUUGUCCCAGCUA